AUGGAGAAAGAGAAGUUCCAGCAGAAGGCUCUGAAGCAAACUAAGCAGAAGAAAUCCAAGUCGGCUGAAUUUCUGAUGGUAAAAGAAGAGAGAGCAGCAACAGAAGGCAUUGAAAAUCCAGCUUUUAACAUCAGCAGCACAGAUCUUUCAGCAUAUCAGCCUUCAGAGGAGAAGGUUAUUAGACAUGACAAGCCAGAUAGCACCCUUGCAGCUCACCAACAAAAACUCGGGCUGCAAGCCCAUGCUGAACCAAGAGGAAAUGAAUACAGCAGAAAUUACUUUGACCCGUUGAUGGAUGAGGAAAUAAACCCAAGGCAGUGUGGGAUGGAGGUCAGUGAAGAAGGUUCUAUGAAAUUUGAUGAGCAAAUCCUGUAUGGCAAACUCAUGAAGCUUCUAGAUGAAGAAAACAAGAUGCUGGACUUCCAAGCCCAUGUCGCCAGUGAAGGUUUUCCAGACUCCGUGAUGUCUGUCAACUCUAGUAAGGCAUGUGACCUUCAGAAGGAGCUUGAAGAUGAAGUGAUUCCUUCAUAUAUCGAACAGUUUGAGAGAGAUGUUCAGGAUGACAUAAUUCUGCUUGGCAGCUUUUCACUGGAACAGGUUGGCCUGUGGCCGGCUCUUGGCCAUGAACAGCUGGCUCAGCCUCCAGCUCCCGAGAACCAUCGUGUCUUUGUCUGUGCUCUCCAAUAUGCCCCAGAUCCACCGGCAAGUGUGGCUGGAGCAUCGCCAGCGCUGGCGCGGCUGACCACCCUCUCCAGCCUUUUAAAAGUGGGAAGUCAGCCAUCAAAAGCAGAGGAGAAUGGGUGUGAAGAAGAAACAGUAGCCAGCUUUGGUAACCUUGCCAGUGUGAAUGCUGGAUUAAAUGGAGCAGCAGGACCUUGUGGGAAGGUUGACUGCUCCAAGACACCGCAGCCGAUAGAAAUUCAAGUCAAGUGCCUGAGGGGAGUCAGAGAUAAGGUCCCUAAAGGCCACUACACCCUCAAAGUUUCUGUUCUCAGCCGCUUAGGUGGUGGCUUGUUGGAGUGGCCCAAACUGAAGGAGCAGCCUCAGGCCAGGACAACGCUGCCUGUUAGUCACGAUGGAAACUUCUACAACACUGAAAUCUGCUUCGGACAAAGUAUCCAGACAGUUCUACCACCUAGAAAAGCUUUGAAGCCAGGUAUGGUCCUCCUUUUUGAACUCUUCCUUCUUCGUGGGACCCAUACUUGGAUUGAUCGAGAAGUGGGAUGGGGAGCUUUCCCCUUGUGUGACAACGAUUCAAAUGCUUUGGAGGGAAAAUUCAAAUGUCCCUUUCUCCGAGGCCAUUACGAUUCCAAAGUUGAUCGAUUUAAAAAAAUUGAAAAUUUUAUUUCUCAAGACUUGGAUCAUUGGUUAUGCAAUCUCUACUUUCAGAUGGUUAAACUACCACAGGAUUCAGAUAAGAAAAAUGAGGGUGAUAUGAAUCUUGAACUCUCAUCUGAACUGCUCAUGUAUUCAAGUGUUGCCGAAAAGAAUGGUGUCUCAGAGAAGGUUCAACAAUCUGGACCACAAGGGCAACCUCUGACCUCCCCGAAAGAUCCCGACACCCAUACGGGAAGUAUUCCCACUGUUGUAGAGGAAGUGGAAAAGCAGUUUAAUGCUGCUGAAGGAGGAGAAGCGUGUGUGUCAGAAGAAGCUGGGAAGGAAAGAGAAGAGCUUAAAAUGCUUCCAGCAGAGGAUGAUUUUUACCAGGAUUUCCAUGGCAGUGCAGACAAGGACUGUGGCUCCUCUCACCUGAAGGAAGGCCAACUAGGACAUCACAAG